GCUGUGAGAGAAACAAAGGAAUGGAACAAACUAAGUGUGGACCUCAAACGGAGUACUAGUGUCAAAAACUUUAAGCGUUCCUUUUUUAAAAUAAUUUUAAAUAAUCAAAUUCUUACGCAAUUAUUCAUGUAAAUUUUAAAAUCUGUAUAUAACCACAUUUUAUAAUCUUAUUUUGCAAUGUAAAAAGGCUUAAAUACAAUACAGAAGCUAUACUAACUUUGCGAUAAAAAUAUAAAUUUUAUGGUUGAUUGUUAACCUCAUUGAGACCCUCUUGGAACCAGAGAUCUAGACACUGUCUUAGCUUUUCUCGCGAGAGCGCGUGCAUGAAAAUCGACCCUUUUGAUGACGCAUUUACUAGCAAAGCUUUCCUCGAUAGGGAAAAAAAUUGCACAAUGGAAAUCAAAAUUCAAAGUGUACUUCCGCUUUUUCUUAUCCCUUUGAUUGCCUCUUCUACUAGCGUUUGCGAUAAAAACCCCAGCCUUAUACAGUGUAUUGCUCUGAGAAACCAGUUCAUUUUGCCACUCAAGGACAGUUGUAAUCCAUUGAAGAAAAACUGCGACACAGGAGACUUGGUCGAUCCAAGAGUUGCCAACUGCCAUUUAGAAUUCAGUGGGAACGUGUUUCAUUCUUUGCUGGACGGAUUUAAAAUGAGUUAUGGGUACAGAUGCUUUCCCAUCGUUCCGGACCCUAAUAUGUUUCACAGGCGGAAUGUCGGGCCAAGUUAUGGGGAACCCCGCUGUGUUCCCACUAAACUUGAUAAACAUGGAAGCUUCACUUGCGGGGAACACGGAACACGAUGUGUGUGCGAUGCUCCUGCAGAAUAUAACUCAUAUGGGACACAAUGGUUGAGGAACAACUGUAGGUGUCAGUAUUUUGUGAAUCUUUGCCGUAUUCCUAAAGUCUGCGCGAGUCGUGGGAUUUGCAAAAUGUGGGGAUCCGAACUGCGCUGUGAAUGCCCUGCUGACAAAGAGCAAUGCAGGCCCGGAAUAAACCAGUGUAAAGCUAAUCCGGGACUUUGCUUGGACGAGGGCAAGAUUUGCAUCGAACUCUAUGAUACAAACGUAGGCUGGCUGAUUGGAAAUGAACAGAAAGGCGAUGGCUUUGCCUGCAUUUUAGCGGGGACUGUUAAGUCUUUAGCGACCGUCACACAUUACUGCGAUAUCUCCCAAGAAACAUUCAGUAGAAUCGGAGGAGUAGAGCCUAAGAAUGAGUUAGACUUGUGCUGCUAUCGAAUGCUGACUUGCGCGGGUGGAGAAAGCAUUCCAAAGAAAGGAACCAUUUUCAGCUACAGACCGUGUUACUGCAACGUAGAAUUCCGAAAGUGCCUCUUCACGGCCGCCUUUGAUCCCAAGUUUAAGGGAAACGUUGAGCAGAUGAUUGAAGUAUUAAACAACUUGGCGCAUUGCAUCAUUGACGACGGCGUCCAGUGUGAUCCUGUGCGUCCCUGGACUUGCCAGAAAGGUGACCUUAUCAAUCCUAAAUUUGCACAUUGUGCUAUUGACUGUAGAACAGGCCCAGUACUGCCAAUCUGGGCUCGAGCCUGUGCCCUUCGACAAUGCAAGCCACCUUACCAUCGCGAAAAUCUUAGGAUUAUAGACGUACCACGCAUGGAGGAAAGCUCAAUUUGUAAGCCUGUAGAGGACCUGCCAAUAUUGUGCGGAAAUAGAGAAACGAACACCCGAUGUGUUUGCGACGGUAAGCCGAGCAGAUCAGAUUUCACCGACAGAUGCCGAUGCCAGUAUUGGCCAGACCGAUGGGAAGAAAGACAGUCUAAAGAAAAGUAAAAUUAUUAGCGUUAUCUUGUUUAAGUUGCUCUAAAUAAAUUUAUUAGAAAUUUUAGUUUUGUCGGAAGAUAUUUCUGUAAACGUUUUUGAAUGCCGUAAUUGAGGGAGAAAGUGAGGUGCGCCAUCAAGCGUGUGAAGAUUUAACACGUGAUAUUCAAAUGUGUGAAAUACUUAAUGAAAAAGGACUAAAUAAAAGAAGAAAAAGAUUUAUUAAUUAUUCCCAAAAAAUUUCGCAUAUAAUAAUGGUUCAAAUUCCUCACGCAAUCAAAAAAGGGACAGUUCGCUGUUCCUCACUAACCGUUUUUCCAGUAAUAUCUUUCCAGAGCUGUUCAGCUGCUUAAACUCGCACUUUGCUUGUCUUUUCCAACUAUUCUGACAAAUAUCUAUACGAUCAAAAUUA